GAAACUUUUGACAGAUCCAUCACUAAAUUUCUAAUAUCUUAAACAAAAGUGGAAUUUUUGAAUUGAUGAUGGAGAGAUUUAGGCUUUGGUUUUAAAGUUUAGCUGGAUACACAAAAUUUGCAGUAUAGUUCUAAUUUUAGCUCAGCCAUGGCGGAUUCACUAUUUUUAUCCAAAUUUAUUAGAGUUGUAUUCUUUAACGAAAAAACAAAGACAGAGAAAAAUCUUUGGCAAAAUAUGCUUAAUCUUCGUGCUUUCCACUAAUCUCCCGGAAAAAAAUUGAUUAAUAUCAAAAUUAGUCGAAGAAAAAAAAAGAGAGAGGAGGGAGACACAACGAUGCCUUCUCCUCCGGAAGAAGAAACCCAACCCAAACCCGAUACGGGUCCGGGUCAAAACUCCGAACGCGAUAUUAAUCAACCACCACCACCUCCACCACAAUCUCAACCGCCUCCACCGCAGACGCAACAGCAAACGUACCCGCCGGUAAUGGGCUAUCCAGGCUACCAUCAACCGCCUCCACCAUACCCAAAUUAUCCAAACGCACCUUACCAACAAUACCCUUACGCACAAGCCCCACCCGCUUCAUAUUACGGUUCAUCUUACCCGGCUCAGCAAAAUCCGGUUUACCAAAGACCAGCUUCGUCCGGGUUCGUCAGAGGAAUUUUCACCGGUUUAAUCGUUUUAGUCGUCCUCCUCUGCAUCUCCACCACCAUAACGUGGCUAGUCCUCCGUCCUCAAAUACCGCUUUUCUCCGUAAACAAUUUCUCAGUUUCCAAUUUCAACGUAACCGGUCCGGUUUUCUCCGCGCAAUGGACGGCGAAUCUCACAAUCGAGAAUCAAAACACGAAAUUGAAAGGCUACUUUGAUCGAAUCCAAGGUUUAGUAUACCACCAAAACGCGGUCGGAGAAGACGAAUUUUUAGCGACGGCGUUUUUUCAACCGGUUUUCGUGGAGACCAAGAAAUCGGUUGUGAUCGGAGAAACUUUGACCGCGGGAGAUAAAGAACAACCGAAAGUUCCGAGUUGGGUUGUUGAUGAGAUGAAGAAAGAGAGAGAGACCGGAACGGUGACGUUUAGCCUGAGAAUGGCCGUGUGGGUUACUUUUAAGACCGAUGGUUGGGCGGCGCGUGAGAGCGGGCUUAAGGUGUUUUGCGGGAAAUUAAAAGUUGGGUUUGAAGGAAUUUCUGGAAACGGUGCCGUUUUGUUGCCUAAGCCUCUUCCUUGUGUGGUUUACGUUUGAUAAUUCUUGUUCUCUAUGGAUAUAUCUCUCUUUUUAAUUCAUGUAUUGGUCUGAAUGUUCACUAUACAAAUUCUCAUAGAAAAUUCUUCGUACAGUAAAGUUCAAGAAAGAAAGAAAAAAAUAGAUACGA